AUGUGGGACGAGUACCGGUGGAUCGUCGUCGUCGGCGCCUUCCUGGCGGUCUUCACUGCCUACGGCAUCGGCGCCAACGACCUCGCCAAUGCGUUCGGGUCGUCCGUGGGCUCCAAGGCCCUGACGGUCAAGCAGGCGGUGGUGAUCGCGGCCGUCUUCGAGUUCCUGGGCGCCUUCCUCCUGGGCUCGCACGUGACGGACACGGUCCGCGGGAAGAUCGCGAAGAUCGAGUUCUUCUACGACGCCCCCGAGAUCUACAUGUACGGCAUGCUCUGCGUGAUCGCCGCGACGGGCCUGUGGCUCCUCAUCGCGACGUACUUUGAGCUCCCGGUGUCGACGACGCACUCGGCCAUCGGCGGCGUGGUGGGCUUCACGCUCGCGUCGCGCGGCGGCGAGGCCGUCGUGUGGGCGGAGCGCAGCGACGACUUCCCCUUCUUCAAGGGCAUCGGCGCCAUCGUCUUCUCGUGGGUGUUCUCGCCCGUGGCCUGCGCCAUCCUUGCGGGCUUCUUCUUCUUCACGACGCGCUUCUUCGUGCUCAAGCACGAGAACAGCUACGAGCGCUCCUUCUGGGCCUUCCCCGUCCUCGUGACCGUCGCGGUGUUCGUGAACGUCUUCUUCAUUCUGAACAAGGGCGCCAAGUCCAUCGACAGCAUCAAGAACAUGGACAUCUCCGAGGCCGCGUGGAUCUCCGUCGUCGUCGCCGUCGGCUGCGGCAUCGUCGCCAUCCUCCUCGCGAAGUUCGUCCUCAAGCGCCUCGUUGAGCGCGACCUCGCCGCGCGCGCCGCGGCGAUCGAGGCGGCCAAGGCGGCGAAGGCCGAGGGGAAGCCCGAGGCCGAGGAGGACGCGGAGGACAAGCCGCGGUCGCGGAUGCAGUCGCUGUUCAAGGCGGUGUCGCGCGGCGUGGACCAGGACCUGCACGCCGUCGUCGACGAGGACGACAACGUGGGCGGCGUGCACAGCAGCACCGUGGUGUACGACAACAAGACCGAGGAGUCGUUCAAGUACCUCCAGGUGUUCACGGCGAUCUGCGACUCGUUCGCGCACGGCGCCAACGACGUGGCCAACUCGGUGGGGCCCUUCGCGGGCCUGUACGUGGUGUACAAGCUGGAGCGCCUCGAGAAGAAGACGGAGGCGAUCAAGAACGACAUGUACUGGAUCCUCGCGCUCGGCGGCAUCGGCAUCGUGCUCGGCCUCGCCACGUACGGCUACGUCAUCAUGCGCGCCAUUGGCGUCAAGCUGACCAAGAUCACGCCCUCACGCGGGUUCGCGAUCGAGCUGGGGUCGGCGCUCGUGGUCGCGCUCGGGUCGCGCUACGGGAUCCCGCUGUCGACGACGCACUGCCAGGUCGGCGCGACCAUCGGCGUGGGCAUGCUGGAGGGCAUCAAGGGCGUCAACUGGAUGAUCGUGCCGAAGAUCGUGAUCGGGUGGGUGAUCACGCUGAUCGUGGCCGGGUUCACGACCGCGCUGCUCUUCAGCCAGGCGGCGUACGCGCCGUCGAUGUUCGGCGUCCGCGACGUCAACCACUACCGCCUCUACAUCACCAACUACGCCGAGGACUUCAGCGUGCGCGCCGAGGCGCUCGCGACGACCACGGCGUCCUGCGGCGCCUCCUCGUCCACCGACGCCGACGGCAACACGACCUGGACCUUCACGGACGCGCAGUGCAAGGCCAUCUACGACGGCGCGGUGGAGGCCAAGGCGCUGGCGCAGCGGUACGUGGACUUCCAGGCGACGCAGCACCAGUCCCCGGACGACCUCGGCCGCCUGCUGUGCCGCGUGAACAACGUGCUCGAGGCGAUCUACGCGCGCUUCGGGAGCGGCAACUUUGCGACGUCGACGUACGGCACCACGCCCACGGGCAUCGGCGCGCGCGUGUUCGACACGAGCUCGAACAACGCGUUCUGCGCCGCCGCGGGCCUGUAG